AUGAAACUAAAAAGGAUAUUAUAUCAAAUGCAUCUGAAAUACAGCCGUAUAGAAAAUUAUUAAGAUUUGAACAAGUACAAAAUCCUCUAUCAUCCUUAAAAAAAUUGGAAAGGAAAAUAAUCGGAGAGGCACGUACGCAUAGUCCAAGGAACGUAUAUAUGUACACCGAUAUUGAGGUUAAUAAAAUUGUCUUAUAUACAAAAUAUGAAAACGAAGAAAUUAAUGCAGCGUUUAUAAACGCUAUCAAACAAUAUAAACCUGUUAUACAUUUUUACGGAGGAAAACGACCUCCUAGCCCUAAUUCAAGCCCUAAUUCAACCCACACUAAGCGUGAAAUAGAUCGACAAAUAAUAAAUGGAGAUGGUAUAUACCAUUUAAAUGCCGGUUUUGGAUGUACACCGGGUUUUUGGGUAAGAGGUGACGUAGAUGAAGAUGGGGAUGCAGAAAAUGAUUAUAUUGUAACUGCAGGACAUUACAAGAUUGGAUCAAUGGUAUAUCAUGAUAUAGGAGAAACUGAUUUUGGCUUAAUCCAAAUAACAAAUAAAGAUAUCAAACCAACAAGAAAGAUAAGGAAUACAAAUUCUAAUCAAUAUAGUGAACUACAUAUAGGAGACGAUAAUCCUAUAUCGACCCAUAAUGCACAUUUAUGUAAAUCUGGCUUGACUACAUUUCUUACUUGCGGAUACACAAAAUCAUUCAGUGGUUUUAUUUUUAAUGGUGGUGCUGUUUAUGAUGAUUUGAUUAUUACAACCAUGCGUGCUGAUGUUGAAUAUAUUGCUAUAACUGUAAAAUCAGAAAAUAUUCUUGAUGGAACUCCAGGAUAUCUUAUUUUAGGAUCAUUUUCAAUAAAAAUCACUACUAUCAAAAUAGUAUUUUUUGUUAAAGAUGAUCUAGCUGAUAAG